UUUGUGUACCUCUCUUUGGUGCAAACCUGAAAGAGCAAAGUGGGGUUGAGGAUCUGUGCUGCAGCCUUGACUUCAGCUAGCAGAGAGGCUGCAGGCUUGCUUGCUUAUGUGCUCCUGGCCUUCCCGGCCACUCUCCAAGCUCCAGUGCAACUCAGUGACACCAGAGGAGCUAUUUACCAGCGCUUGCAUCAGCCACUGUGCUUGUGGUCAAAGAGCAAGCAGGGUAGAGGAUGGCAGUGUGAAGCCAGGUAGUGGAAGAGAAUGUGCACCGGUGCUAUGGCAGAAGAAGAGGUUUGCAUCUGCAGGUGAUGUGCCACCAGGCUGUGUCUCCGGAUGGCUCUUUUGGUGAGGAGAAAGGCUGAAGGUGGGCUCCCCAGGGUGCUGUGGUAUCAACAGGGUCCGUGGAGGAGCCAUGACCACCUAGCAGUGCCCAGGCUCUCUGCGAGCUCAAGAUGGCAGCACAGAGGAUCCGGGCAGCCAACUCCAGCGGCCUGCUGCGCUGCAAGUCGGAGGGGACCCUCAUCGACCUCAGCGAGGGCUUCUCAGAGAGCAGCCUGUGCGAUGUCAAAGUGCCUUCUCCUAGUGCCUUGCUGGUUGACAAUCCCACAUCCUUUGGAAAUGCAAAGGAAGUAAUAGCAAUCAAAGAUUACUGUCCAACUAAUUUCACCACUUUGAAGUUCUCUAAGGGGGACCAUCUUUAUGUCUUAGACACGUCAGGAGGUGAGUGGUGGUAUGCUCACAACACCACAGAGAUGGGUUACAUCCCUUCCUCCUAUGUCCAGCCUGUAAACUACCGCAACUCUUCCUUAACGGACAGCGGGAUGAUAGACAAUCUACUGGAGAGCCCUGAUGAGGGGGUCAGGGAGCUUGACCUGCUUGGAGAAUGGACUGAUGUGAAAAGAAACUCUGUGAAAGCUCACAAUAAUAACCCUUUCUUGAAUGGUGUCCAGACAAACCCAUUUUUGAAUGGGAAUUUGCAGACAUUGACCGGCUCAGACAGAGAGCCCAACUCCAAAGCAUCUGUUGACUUGCUGCUCUUUGACACGGGGCCUCCUGCUUCAACAGUUUCUAGCUCAGCCGCCAAUAGCAGCACGGGUAACAUUUUUGAUGAAUUUCCAUCCACAAACAGGCUGGACCUGGAAGAGCCCGUGAAAAGGGACAAUCCCUUCUUCAGGAGCAAACGCUCUUACAGCUUGUCUGAGCUGUCUGUUCUGCAAGCAAAGUCGGACACUCCGGCGCAGUCGGGUUUUUUCAGUGGUUUAAAAUCUCCCACUCCUGAGCAAUUCCAGAGCAGGGAAGAUUUUAGGACCGCAUGGUUGAACCAUAGGAAGUUGGCCCGUUCAUGCCAUGACUUGGAUUUGCUUGGUCAAAAUCCUGGCUGGGGUCAGACACAACCUGUGGAGACCAACAUUGUCUGCAAACUGGAUAGCUCUGGUGGAGCUGUUCAGCUUCCAGACACCAACAUCAGCAUCCACGUGCCAGAGGGUCACGUGUGCCCUGGGGAAACGCAGCAGAUCUCCAUGAAAGCUAUGCUAGAUCCGCCACUGGAGCUCAACAGUGACAAAUGCAGCACCAUCAGCCCAGUCCUGCAGAUCAAACUCAGCAACAUGGAGGUGAAAACGUUCAUCAUUCUGGAGAUGAAGGUAUCUGCAGAGGUCAAGAAUGACAUCAUGAGCAAGAGUUUGGUAGGACUACAGUGCCUACGGAGCGACAUGAAGGAGGGGCCGUACACACCAAUGCAGCUGAGCUAUUCGUAUGGGGACACGAUACAGGUGCAGCUGGAGAACCUAGAGCCUUGCAUGUACAUAGCUGCUGUAGCUCAAGGGCAGAACAUCCUCUAUCCUUACACUGUUUGGGAUUACAUCAGCAAGAAGAUCACAGUUGGUGUCUACGGCCCAAAACAUAUUCACCCUUCCUUUAAAACAGUCGUGGCCGUGUUUGGGCAUGAAUGUGCACCCAAGACUCUCCUAGUGAACGAGGUCACGAGGCAGUCACACAACCCUGCUCCAGUUGCCCUUCAGCUCUGGGGAAAGCACCAGUUUACUUUGUCCCGGCCUCAAGACCUCAAGCUCUGCAUGUUCUCCAACAUGACCAACUACGAGGUGAAAGCUAGUGAGCAAGCCAAAAUUGUGCGAGGCUUCCAGAUGAAGCUGGGCAAGGUCAGUCGCCUUAUCUUCCCCAUUGCAUCCCACGAUCCCAACGAGCUCUCAGAUUUCACUCUAAGGAUACAGGUUAAGGAUGACAAGGAUGCCAUUUUGACCCAGUUCUGUGUCCAGACGCCACAACCGCCUCCUAAAAGUGCCAUCAAACCAACAGGGCAGAGGCGGUUCCUCAAGAAGAACGAGGUUGGAAAGAUCAUCCUUUCACCUCUGGCUGCCACUGCCAAGUAUCCGGUUUUUCAGGACCGGCCGGUGUUGAGCUUGAAGUAUGGCAAACUGCUGAAAACGGUGGUGAGGCAAAGCAAGAAUCACUAUUUGCUGGAGUACAAGAAAGGAGAUGUCAUAGCCCUCCUCAGUGAGGAGAAGAUCAGGUUGAAGGGACAGCUGUGGACAAAGGAGUGGUAUAUUGGCUACUACCAGGGCAAAAUAGGCCUUGUGCACACCAAAAAUGUGCUGGUGGUUGGAAAGGUCAAACCCAGCUAUUUCUCUGGGCCUGAUCUCACCACCAGCCUGUUGCUCGAGCAAAUCCUCAGACCCUGCAAAUUCCUAACCUACAUCUAUGCCUCCGUGAGGACUCUUCUCAUGGAGAACCUCAGCAGUUGGAGGUCCUUUGCCGAUGCGUUGGGGUAUUUGAACUUACCGCUCACGUUUUUCUGCCGAUCAGAGUUGGACAGCGAGCCGGAGCGAGUGGCCUCUGUGUUGGAAAAGCUGAAGGAAGAUUGCAACAACACAGAGAACAAGGACAGGAAAUCUUUUCAGAAGGAGUUGAUGAUGGCCUUGCUGAAGAUGGACUGCCAGGGGCUGGUGGUCAGACUCAUCCAGGACUUUGUGUUGCUCACUACGGCCGUGGAGGUGGCCCAGCGCUGGAGGGAGCUCGCUGAGAAGCUGGCCAAGGUCUCCAAGCAGCAGAUGGAUGCCUACGAGGCCCCGCACCGUGACAAGAGCGGGGUGGUGGACAGUGAGGCCAUGUGGAAGCCCGCAUAUGACUUCCUCCUCACCUGGAGCAGCCAAAUGGGCGACAGCUACCGGGAUGUGAUUCAGGAGCUGCACACAGGGCUGGAUAAGAUGAAGAGCCCCAUCACCAAGCGCUGGAAGCAUCUCACUGGCACCCUCAUCCUCGUUAACUCCUUGGACAUGCUCCGGGCAGCUGCCUUCAGCCCUCAGGACCACGAGGAUUUUGCCAUCUAGUGCAGCUCCCUGCAGUGACAUUUUCACCCACGUCUCAUUUGUUGGUGGUGUCCGUCUUUUUCUGUGUUUAUUUUUUCCCCUUUUUCUCUAUAACAGUUGAUUAUAAAAAGAAGAAGAGGAGGUUGCUCUCCCCAGGUUUAAAGAGGCCAAAGUUUGCAAGUUCUCAGCAGGACUGGAAAUGAGCAGGAGACAACCCUCCUCUGGGUGGGAAGGCAUCCAGGAGGGAUGUGGCUUUUCAUAUGGAACUGAUACCAGUUCAACUAUUUCUUACUCAGACACUUAAAAAGGACCUGGGGGGGUGGGGGGCGGGGGGACACCUAGAGGGAUAACAAAAGAGAAUACUUGUUUUUUAGGCAUUUAAAUCUAAAUCUGAAAUCUACUUUUUUGUAACGAGCAGUAAAGGUUGUAAAGCACCCUAAAGGGGGGGAAAGCUGUUGCUCUUGUUUUGUAUGUGGUAGAGACUGCUUUUAAAUCAUCAUUUUUGAGAUGAACGCAAGCGAUGUAAAUACGUAUUUAAGACAAAGCACAGCAGUGUCCCAAUGGUUCUGGUAAACUCCCACAUCAUAGACUGUAGAGCACCGUGUGAGUUGGGGUGAAUUCAGCCCAGCAAGCAACUUAAACCAGAAAGUAGCUUUUUCCUCCCCCAUCGUACGGAACAGAUCACCUGCUUAAUUGUUUUUUCUUUCCUUUUUAAAUGUAUCUACAAAGAUGCAUUUUGGAAUCAUCUGGGGGUAAAGGAGGUGGUCGUUCUUGUUUGCAGAUGCACGGGUGCCAUUUGUAACCAUGGGAAGGGAUGCUGCCCCUGGUUUUGGAAGGAGAAGCUGGAAGUUGGGGGCUGAGCACAGCCCUGCUCCUUGCUGCCCAUGGUGGUGAUAGUGGGUCACUCUGCCAUUGCAGCCAAGUGCUUGGCCAUGUUCCUCCUGCAUUGAAAUCCAUUCCAGAGCUCAGCGGUGAUGUUUCAGACGUGUUUGGAGCCCUAAUGCUCAUUGCUGUUGCUUUCUGAGGACUUCAAAUGGGGCUGUUUGGGGCUCCCAAACUCCAGCUGAACUUGUAAAUACCUUUUGCAAUGACACUGGUGCCAUUGAGCUGAAUACCUGUGGUACCAAGUGCCCUUUCUUUCCCCUCGUGUUUUAUAGCCGCCUCUUUUGGAUUACCUCCCCUCUCCCUUCUGCUUUGAAAUAUUUUACUCGGGAGGGGAAUAUUUUUGCACAGAAACACUAUUUCGGGUGCAAAGUCUCUUUAUAGCGAGGAAGAUGGAUUGGUAAGGGUGAUUUUCUUUCAGGUUGAACCAGAGGAACAGAGCAGGGAAGGCAUCUUUGACAAACACAAUAGAAGCACACAGGAGAGGCUGCUGCGGCCAACAGGCCGGGCUGUCAGCAGCCAGGAUCAGGAGGUGGUGACACUUGGGCUGGAUUUCUUCUUUGAUUUCUUCUCCUAGGAGGCUGCAGGUGAUACGAGCUCCCCAGAAGAGCCAGGCGUGGGGCACUGCCCAUGGGCUUACAGGUGCAGGUGGUGAGCAGGGGAGAGAAUGUCCUCCCAUGGCUUCACUGCUUUAUAUCCUCUUCCCAAAACAACAUCCCCAGAAGCAGUCUCUCCUCGCAGGACCCCACUAGAAAGAAUGAGCACCUUAAUUUCUCCUCAGGGGCUUUAAGGAGUUUCCUAUGCAACACAGCGUAGCACAGAAAGAGGGUCUGCCGGCACCUGAGCCUGUGAUGCGUUUGCUUUCUCUUUACAACAGCAGGGCACUCUAAGAGCAUGUUUUCCUCACACCAAGCAAAAACAAAUCUCCAAUGCAAUAAGAAGCAGCUCCUGCAAGAGAGAUCCAGCGUGUGCCAGCACAGCAUUGGCCGGGCUGUUCCUCAUGGGCAGUUGUUUUACUCUCUGGUGACUCCAAGAUGGGCAUGUCCCUAAAGAAUUUCAGCUUCUAUGUUUUCUCCCCCCCCCCCCCCCCCCCCCAAUUGGUUUUUCUAACUACCUCAGGUACUUUAUACCCAGCUUAACAUUUCAACAGCAGCACGAAGCUUGCUGUGCUCAUCUCCCCUUCUGCUGUGAGCCAUGGCAAAACACUCAGCCCAUGUCAGGGCAACCUCUGUGUUGCUUUGUGUCCCUCCCUUGGUCUGAAAUCCCAGCUCUCCUCACCUGCUGGGGUUGGGCUACGUCCUUCAGAUGCCUUUUGCCUGCUGUAUGUUGAGCCCUUCUGGAGCUGCACCUGGGCUUUGCAUCAUUACCACGGUUGGUGCAGUUAUUGUACUUACAUUUAAUGUUCAUUUUUAAAAAAAUUAAUAAUAAUAAUGAUUUUUUUUUUUUUUUCCAGAAAAAUAUUACUAUUAAAGCUGUUGCUAUUGCAGUGCUA